GUGGUUGGCUACAGAAUCGGCAAAAGUUACACAGCACCUAGAGAAGCUGGCGUAACAAGUGAAAAAAUGUUAUCGUGCAAGACAGCACUUGGACAAAGAUUGGUUUGCCCGGCGGGCAGAAUUGGCAAAAGUUGGGAGUCCUGCAGAGAGAGGAGGUCAGAUUAGAGUAGCAAUAUCAAAUGCAGACUUGUUACGCAUGGACCUGUUGUUUUUCCUCCGGCGCAUAUCAAAAGCUGAGAUGAAACUUGAUGCCGGUGAAGUGCUUUUCUGAUAGAAACUGUUGGUGGUGCACACCUUACGAAAGUGCACCUAGAGGAGUCGAAAUAUUCUCACGAACUCUUGACAUAUACCAAUCUCUCUCUCUCUCUCUCUCUCUCUCUCUCUCUCUUUAUAACAAGGAUAAGAGAAUUUACAGAUUCUGUGUUGAUGUUAUUCCGUGUUAUGCCACCAGCGCCGCCUAGGUCAGACUUCAAGUGUCAGAAUUUCUUUUCAGAUCUUCGCAAAAAAAAAAUCUUUGCAGAAAGUUGGACCGUGAGCAUUUCUUGUGGGCAAACUUAGCAAAGAGUGAGCAAUUGACCGUCCAUUGGAGUAAUGGUAGGGCAAGGCAGGGAACGUUCUCUGCUCAGACGGGCAAGAAAUUAAACCCGUAUAUAUAGUCAAUCAACCGCCCCGGAUGAAAACGAUCAGAUACGACGGCACUGGCGUAAAACACAUCUGCUCAACUGUUAGCCCGUGUAUUACAAUGGCAGCAUCUCACCCCUCUCGAAGCAGUGUCUGCUUAGCCCUGGCUGUUGCCAUUUGCAUCUUGCUCCCAGGCUGCUUCUCCAGCAAAGUUACCCUGGAGAUUUUCGAGAGGGCAUGCCACUGCUUCGACGACCACAAUGUGUACAACGAGUGCGCGGAGGAGCUCCGGCUGGGCGUGGAGGGGGCGUUCCACGUGGGGCGGGAGAGCGUGGACGAGUACUGCGGCGGGGCCUGCCUCGCCGAGACGGAGAUGGCGCUGCGCUGCGUGGAGGAGGUCGCCCACGACGGCUUCAGGUUCUCCAACGGCGCCUCGCUGCUGGCCGUGAAGCAGGCGCUCGGCAGCGGCUGCAGCUACACGCCGGAGAGAGGAACCUUCGACAUACGUGAGCGCAGGGAGUGCGGCGACGAGUACGGGUACGGCUACCACGGCGCGCUCGGCUACGGCGAGGAAGGCGGCGACCGGCGGUACGAGUACCCGGGCGGCGCGUUCGGCAACUACUGCUCCGGCGCCACCGGCGGCGGCGCGGUGCAGACGCUCCUCCUCGCCUUCCUCCUUGUCUCCGCGUCGGCGCUGCUUCUUGCCGCAUGAGCGAUGGUGAUCUUACGAUGUACUGUAUUUGUAAUGAUUUUGGUUUCAGGUUGAGUUUUAUCCCAUGAUCCGCAUAUUGUAAUUCUCCCUUCUUAUUUUUGCACGAUGCACCUGCGCAUGGUAUUCUCUCACAGGGCAAGGAAUAACUAAAAAAAGAGUACUUACUUUGAUCUUAAAAACAAGGAUAUCUCCAUGACUGAGAUUUACCUAGCAAACAAAAAUCCUCCAAAAAUGUUCAUUUGCACCAAGCCCUUUUCCUGACGAGAGAAUUUGACAGGAUAUAGUUCAAUUCACUCAAGAGUAGGAGAAAACAGAAUUGGAAUGCCAUCACGUGUAGAACGAAAAUGCUAGAGCUACAUGUGGAAUGCUGAACAGACCCUCGCAAAAAAAAAGAAAAAAAAAAGAGAGAAAAGAAUGCUGAACAGACGUGCCGCAAGAAUUUGCAGCAAAGUGUGUUUAGACUUUGGAGGCUUCACUAAAAAGUACUCCCUCUAUAUAACUUAAUAUAAGACGUGUUUUGACACUGUCAAUCUGUGGACUCUAAAAACAUCUUAUAAAAAGUUACAGAGGUAGUAGAAUUAAUAUUCAACGUGUACAUGCUUGUUACUGAGAAGCAAAAGGAAGGAAAAUCCUCUAAAUAUGAAGAUAGUUUUCGCAUCCUACAGGUACCUUUAAAGCAAAUCAUACAAUCAAAACACCUUUAGGUCCAUCUAAUUGUUUUUAAAAACAAAGAUUCAUUUUCCUACUGGAGCGCAGAAACAUCAACCAUAUGCGCGGACCAACUCAAACAGGGCUAAUAUUGCUUUCUCACUAAAAAAAGAGGCUAAAUAUUGCUUACAACCAAUUGGACCUCUACACAUGAGCACAGCUACGGCCCUAUAGAAAUUUCACAAGAAAAAGAUGAUACAGAGUAUUUCCCGUAGAAACCAUUUUAGAUCAUAGAGAUGGUGCUACCAAAUUCUUAUAGGUUGUUUUCCCAUCCCCCCAUUUUCUAGAACAGCAAAAUUCAGAUAAAGAUGCACCAAACACUUUCUUUAUUCCACCACCAGAACAGAAAACGCCCAAACAGAACAGCAAAACUCAGGUAAGGUGCACUUAAAUGGUAAGCAGCUUAUAUGAAGAUGUACCAUUUGCACUUAACUUCAGAGUUUCUAAAGAUUUUCAAAACAAUUAACGGAUGCGGGCAAGAUGAUCUAAAUCUCCGCAAAAAUGACGUUAUAAAUUUCAAUUCUAUUUUCAGAGCGCAAAAAUAGACAAUCACUUGCUGAGAUGGUGCCCAAACAAUAUACUAUUUCAGCAAGCAUAAAACAUACCAACCAAUUUCUGUUUAGUCAUUUGGAUACUUCUAAGUUGGUGAAAAGGGAAAUUUUACACUAACUCCACAUAUGCACCAGAUAUGUCAACCAGUUUAAACCUUCUGUCCUGGUUGAGCUCGAAAUUUCAAGAACCAUAAGUAGCACCAAAUCCAGUAAAGUGCUCCAAGAUAAUGUACAAGAUCACAGAUCUCCCGAAGUAAAAAAGGUUAGGGCAAUUAUUCGUGUACCAACAAUAAAAUUCUUUUCUUUUCAUCAUCAUCAGACAACACACCGACCAAUAUCACUGUUCCCCCACACCCCGUAUACCUCCACACUGCGUGCUAUCAAGACUAAUUCAUACACAAGUACUAAUUCCUGUCCUACACUAUGGUUUGAGCUUUGAAUGACAGCUACUUGUUGCGAUACCAAAA